AUGAGUGCGUCUAAGUUAGAAAACAGUGAAUAUAGCGAUUAUCGUAGUCCAUUGGCGACAAGGUACGCCUCGAAAGAGAUGCGACACAACUUCAGCGAUCAACACAAAUUCAGCACGUGGCGGAAACUAUGGAUUUACUUGGCCAAGGCAGAGAUGGAACUCGGUUUAGCUAUUACAGCAGAUCAAAUCGCCGAAAUGGAGGAUCACAUAAACGACAUCGACUUCGAUGCAGCAGCAAAGGAAGAAAAGGCCACCAGACACGAUGUCAUGGCUCACGUCCAUGUUUUCGGCAAUCAGUGUCCAAAAGCUGCUCCUAUAAUCCACUUAGGUGCGACCAGUUGCUAUGUUGGCGAUAACACGGAUUUGAUCAUUCUUCGUCAAGGAUUCGACAUUCUGCUGCCAAAAUUGGCGAACGUUUUGUCGCGACUCGCGAAAUUCGCGACGGACCAUCGUGAUUUGCCAACGUUGGGAUUCACUCAUCUUCAACCUGCUCAGCUUACCACUGUUGGAAAACGAGCCACUUUGUGGCUUCACGAUCUCUUGAUGGACGAGAGAGCACUUCGUCGUGCCAGGGACGAUCUGAAGUUUCGAGGCGUGAAAGGCACAACUGGCACUCAAGCUUCGUUUCUUCAGUUGUUUAAUGGUGAUGGGGAGAGAGUGAAGCAGUUAGAUCGACUAGUGACCAAAAUGGCCGGCUUCGAGAAGCACUACCCUGUAACAGGACAAACUUAUAGUAGAAAAGUCGACGUGGAAUGCUUGAAUGCUCUUAGUUCUUUAGGUGCUACUGUUCACAAGAUAUGUACCGAUAUUCGACUUUUGGCCAACAUGAAAGAAGUCGAGGAACCAUUCGAAACUACUCAAAUUGGAUCAAGUGCAAUGCCAUACAAAAGGAAUCCAAUGCGUUCAGAGAGGUGUUGCAGUAUAGCACGACACUUGAUGACUUUAGCUAACAAUGCUUUGCAAACCGCAGCGACACAGUGGAUGGAAAGGACGUUGGAUGAUUCUGCCAAUAGAAGGAUCACUCUUUCAGAAGCAUUCCUAUCGGCAGAUGUAAUUCUGAUGACUCUUCAGAACAUCACGGAGGGUAUGGUUGUUUAUCCUAAAGUUAUUGCCAGGCAUGUCGCUCAAGAAUUGCCUUUCAUGACCGCGGAAAAUAUAAUAAUGGCCAUGGUGAAGGCUGGAGGCGACAGACAGGUUUGCCACGAAAAAAUAAGAGUGCUAUCGCAAGAAGCCGGCGCUGAAGUGAAGCAACACGGUCGAGACAACGACCUAGUCGACAGGAUAAAGAAAGAUCCAUACUUCGCGCCGAUUCUCAAUCGACUGAACGAUCUUCUCGAUCCUCGAACGUUCGUUGGCCGAGCACCCGAACAAGUGGUCGACUUCAUGGACGAGGAAGUGUAUCCCGUGCUCGAGAAUUACAAAGGAUAUUUAGGCGGGAGCGUGGAACUCAACAUUUGACCAUGUAGAUAAAAUUUGUUUACUCCAGUGUCGACGAAAACAGCGAGUUGUUCACCAGCUUCGAGAUCCAGCAAGACUAAAUUAGCACCACCUCCUGGACC